UUGGGCCCGUUCAAAAUCGACAAUUUCGGGCAAAACGUCGUGUACAAUCCGUGGUCGUGGAACAAAUUUGCGAAUGUGCUGUUUUUGGAAUCGCCAGCUGGCGUGGGAUUUAGUUAUAGCUUGGGUGAGAUUUUUUUGGGCUGAAAUUCUGAAAAUUUUUGAGAUUCUUCUGGAAAUUCUACGUUUUUUGACACCCAACAAGCCUAGGGUUACUGUCGAUUUUGGGGCCAAAAAUUUGGAAUUUCAAAUUUUGUAGAUCAAAAUUAUACUGUAGCUAAAAAUUCCACGUUUUUUGACACCAAACAAGCCUAGGGUUACUGUAGAUCAAAAAAUGUUCGAAAAAUUCAUUAAAAAUCAUUCAAUUUUCCUGUUAGCAUGAUCAAUGCUCAUCUUAUAAAAUCCUGGAGCUACAGUACUCUUCCCAAUUGGUCCCGCCACGAUUAAUUGGAGUACGGUAGCCGCCAAAAUUGCCAUGGUGAAAAAGAAGAAUUGCAUUUUUCAGAUUGAAAAUUUGAAUUUUGGGCCUGGUUUUUAAAGGGACAUGCGGGUUCCCAGGAGACUAGACCCAAUAAAAAUAUUUUUGGAUUUUGCAAAAAUAUUUUUGGCCACGUGGAUUUGAUUUUUUUUGACACCGAAUGAGCCUAGGGUUACUGUAGAUUUUGGUGCCAAAAUUUCGGAAUUUUUAAAAAUUGCAGAUCAAGGAUUACUGUAGCUCAAAAAUCCACGUUUUUGACACCGAAUAAGCCUAGGGUUACUGUAGAUUUUGGGGCCAAAAAUGUGGAAUUUGAAAUUUUUGUAGAUCAAGGAUUACUGUACUUGAAAAUCCACGUUUUUAGACACCAAAUAAGCCUAGGGUUACUGUAGGGUUUGGCGCCAAAAAAUGAAUUUUCAAAAUUUUUGUAGAUCAAAAUUAUACUGUAGCUCAAAAAUCCACGUUUUUUGACACCCAACAAGCCUAGGGUUACUGUAGUUUUCAAAUUUUCGUAGAUCAAAUAAUCAUCUAGAUUUUUUUUUGGAAUUUUUGAUCUACAGUAAUCACAUGACGAUUUGGAGUACUGUAGUUCAAUAUAAAAAAAAAUCCACGUGGAUUUUCACGAGCUACAGUACCCCUAAAUUGUUUUUUGAUAAGAAAUUUCUGCAAAAAUAUUACUGUAGCUCAGGAUUACUGUAGCUUCCAGAUUUUUUAUAUCAAAUUUUGCUCAUAUUAAACUAUUUUUCAUCAAAAAUAGCUUGAAAUUCAUGGAAUUUCAUGAAAAAUUCGAAACAUUGCUCAUAUUAGCACAUUUUUUAUCAGAUUUUUUUUUUGCAGAUGGCAACACUACAGUAGCCGAUGAUGAUGUCUCACUUCAAAACUACAAUGCUCUCCUAUCAUUCCUCGUCAAAUUUCCCGAAUACCGUAGUCGUGACCUAUUUCUGACCGGCGAAUCCUACGCCGGUGUUUAUAUUCCAACUUUGGCUGUGAGAAUUUUGGGGGACCCGAAUAAUUUUCCGAAUUUCCGGGGAGUCGCAAUUGGGAAUGGUGCCCUCGAUUUUCCGAAUAACUAUAAUACGAUGGUACCGUUGUAUUAUUGGCAUGGAAUUGUGAGAGAUGGGUGAGUUUUUGGGCUAGAAAAUGGUAUUUUUUGGAUUUUUGUGAGUUCUAGAUGUGAAAUUCGGAUUCCUCGUGAAAUUUCGAGUUUUUAGACACCCAUAUUCAUAUAUUUUGAUAAAAUUUUGAAAAAAAGGCCUUUUUUGGGCCUUAUAGGCCCUAUAUUAAAUUUUCAUCAAAACUAUAUACUUAUGGGUGUCUAGAAACUCGAAAUUUCACCAGAAACCUGAAAAUCACCACCCUGAUAUCCGAAAUUGUCUAGAAAAUCGAGUUUCACAUCUGUAGACUUCGAAAAAUCUUAAAAUUCUCAUGAAACUUUGGAUUUUUAAAAUUUCUAAGAAGUUUGAUGUAGAAAUUUGGAUUCCUUGUGAAAUUUCGAGUUUUUAGACACCCAUAUUCAUAAAUUUCUGAGCACUUUUAGUUUUGGGACCAUUGAGCCCUCAGAAGUGCUAUUUUUUGAAAAUCAUCAAAACUAUACACAUUUGGGUGUCUAAAAACUCGAAAUGUCACGGGGAAUCCGAAUUUCGAGGUCCUAGUUGCUGAAAAUGUCAAAAAUCCCAAGUUUCAUGAAAUUUUAAUUUUAUAUCAAAAAUAUGAAACACGAUUUUCUAGAAGAUUUCAAAUGUUCUUACGGCGAUUUUCGGAUUCGCCGUGAAAUUUCGAGUUUUUAGACACCCAUAUUCAUAUAUUUUGAUCAAAGAGCACUUUUCAGGGCUCAAUGGUCCCAAAACUAAAAGUUAUCAAAACAAUACACAUUUGGGUGUCUAGAAAACCGAAAUUCCACGGGGAAUCCGAAUUUUGUGGUCCGAGUUGCUGAAAAUGUCAAAAAUCCCAAUUUUCAUGAAAAAUUUAAAUUUUCAGUGAACCAAAAGCAUGAAACACGAUUUUCUAGAAGAUUUUGGAUGUUGGGAUAGUGAUUUUUGAAUUUCUCGUGAAAUUUCGAAUUUUUAGACAUCCAUAUUCAUAUAUUUUGAUCAAAGAGCACUUUUCAGGACUCAAUGGUCCCAAAUCUAAAAGUUAUCAAAACUAUACACAUAUGGGUGUCUAGAAAACCGAAAUUCCACGGGGAAUCCGAAUUUUGUGGUCCGAGUUGCUGAAAAUGUCAAAAAUCCCAAUUUUCAUGAAAAAUUUAAAUUUUCAGUGAACCAAAAGCAUGAAACACGAUUUUCUAGAAGAUUUUGGAUGUUGGGAUGGUGAUUUCUGAAUUUCUCGGGAAAUUUCGAGCUGUUAGACACCCAUAUGUAUGGUUUUGAUGAAAUUUUGAAAAAAAACCCUAAUUUAGGGCCUUAAGGUCUCAAAACUAAAAGUUAUCAAAACUAUAUGAAUAUGGGUGUCUAAAGACUCGAAAUUUCACGGGGAAUCCGAAUUUCGAGGUCCUAGUUGCUGAAAAUGUCAAAAAUCCCAAGUUUCAUGAAAUUUUAAUUUUAUAUCAAAAAUAUGAAACACGAUUUUCUAGAAGAUUUCAAAUGUUCUUACGGCGAUUUUCGGAUUCGCCGUGAAAUUUCGAGUUUUUAGACACCCAUAUUCAUAUAUUUUGAUCAAAGAGCACUUUUCAGGGCUCAAUGGUCCCAAAACUAAAAGUUAUCAAAACAAUACACAUUUGGGUGUCUAGAAAACCGAAAUUCCACGGGGAAUCCGAAUUUUGUGGUCCGAGUUGCUGAAAAUGUCAAAAAUCCCAAUUUUCAUGAAAAAUUUAAAUUUUCAGUGAACCAAAAGCAUGAAACACGAUUUUCUAGAAGAUUUUGGAUGUUGGGAUGGUGAUUUCUGAAUUUCUCGGGAAAUUUCGAGCUGUUAGACACCCAUAUGUAUGGUUUUGAUGAAAUUUUGAAAAAAAACCCUAAUUUAGGGCCUUAAGGUCUCAAAACUAAAAGUUAUCAAAACUAUAUGAAUAUGGGUGUCUAAAGACUCGAAAUUUCACGGGGAAUCCGAAUUUCACUAUUAGAACUAUGAAAAAUCUUGUUUUCCAGCCUCUACACCCAAAUCACCGCUCAUUGCUGUGGUGGAAACAUCGAAACGUGCCCAAUCUUCGACAGAUUUCAAGAUCAAGUAUGCCGUGAGAUGAUAAUUUCAGAACUUGAUGCAACUAAUGAGCUGAACAUGUAUAAUUUAUAUGAUGUUUGUUAUUAUUCACCAAGUGGAGCUGGAAAAAGAGCACAUAUUGAGAGAUUUUUCCGGAGGAUUAAUGGGCUCCCGCAACGAAAGACUGUGAAGGUAUUAGGCUCUGAAAUCGAAAAAUUUGAAUUUCCCGCAAAAAUUUACCCCGGGAAGUUGGAAAAUUCAAAUUUUGCUCAUUUUUGGAUGAAAAUUUGAAUUUUUCAACUUCCCGGGAUCAAUUUUAGCGGGAAAUUUGAAUUUUAAUAAAAUUUAAAGGAACAUACCAUAUCUUCACAAGUACCUCUAUGUGCUCAAACCAAUAACACCUAUAUUUAUUUGAAUCGCGCGGAUGUUCGGAAAUCAUUGCAUAUUCCGAGCAGUGUGCAAGUUUGGCAAGAGUGUAGGUGAGCAUUUUUGAAGUUUCGGACCGCGAAAUUCGGAUUCCCUGUGAAAUUUCGAGUUUUUAGACACCCAUAUGUUGAUGGUUUUGAUAACUUUUAGUUUUGAGACCUUAAGGCCUUAAAUUAGGGUUUUUUCAAAACUAUAUGAAUAUGGAUGUCUAGAAGCUCAAAAUUUCACGAAAAAUUCAAAAAUCAACAUAGCUGGAUCGAAAAUCUGCUAGAAAAUCGGUUUUUGGUUCACUGAAAAUUUUAAAAAUUUAUGAAACUUGGAAUUUUUGAAAUUUUCAGCAACUAGGACCUCGAAAUUCGGACUCCCCGUGAAAUUUCGAGUUUUUAGACACCCAUAUGUUGAUGGUUUUAUUGAUUUUCAGAAAAGAGCAUUUUUGAGGGCUCAAUGGUCCCAAAACUCAAAAUUCUCAGAACUAUAUGAAUAUGGGUGUCUAAAAACUCGAAAUUUCACAAAAAAUUCAAAAAUCACCAUCCCAACAUCCAAAAUUUUCUGAUUUUCCAGCGACGACGUCGGAAAUCACUACAAAGUCACACAUUUCAACGUGAUUCCCGAAUUUCAAGCUCUAAUCGCUGCUAAAAAACGCAUUUUGGUGUAUAAUGGAGAUGUUGACACGGCGUGUAAUGUGAUUAUGAAUCAACAAUUUUUGACAUCGUUGAAUUUGACGAUUAAGGUGAGUUUUGACGGGAAAAAUGAUCGAUUUUCAGUCGAAAAUUGAGAUUUUUGAAAUUUUCAGAAAAUCUGAGUUAGAAAUUCAGAUUCCUCAUGAAAUUUGGAGUUUUUAGACACCCAUAUGUAUAUAGUUUUGAAAAUUUUUGAAAAUGAGCCCUUUUGAGCUCACAAUGGUCCCAAAGUUAAAAGUUAUCAGAACUAUAUGCAUAUGGGUGUCUAAAAGCUCGAAAUUUCACAGGGAAUCUGAAAAUUAGGGCCAGAGCCUCUGAAAUUUUCAAAAAUCCGAGGUUUCAUGAGAUUUUCACAAGUCUCGAGACGUAAAAUUCGAUUUUCUAGACAAUUUUGGAUGUUAGGAUGGUCUUUUUUGAGUUCCUGGUGAAAUUUUGAGUUUUUAGACACCCAUAUGUUAAAGGUUUUGAUGAAUUUUGAAAAUGAGCACUUUUCAGGGCUCAAUGGUCCCAAAUCUGAAAUUUAGCAUAACUAUAUACAUAUGGGUGUCCAAAAACUCGAAAUUUUACGGGGAAUUCGAAUUUCGCCAUGGGGACUCUUAGAAAACCACCACAUUCCCACUUUUAAUAUCAGGAGAGCUCGAAAAUAUGCUUUUUUCAAAAUUUCUCAAACCCCUAUGAUAAUGGGCAUCAAAAUGUUCCAAAUUUCACCAGGAAUCCAAAAUUUCUACUAAUUUCCAGGGCGAAGCAGUUGUGAAUGUUCCAUGGCGCUACCCAGGUCAAACUGGCACAGCAGUCGCCGGUUUUCAGACAAACUACGUGGAAAACGUGGAUUUUUUGACAGUUCGUGGAAGUGGACAUUUUGUGCCCGAAGACAAGCCGAGAGAAUCACAACAAAUGAUUUAUAAUUUUUUGAAACAGCGCGAUUUUUCGAGUCCUAUUGAUUUUUAG